CGCUCUUCAGUGAUGGGACACGUUACGUCGGAUUGCGGGAUGCAGCAGGAGUCGACGCACGGUUCCGAGACGUGGAAUCCGUUCGAUGCGUUUCAGGGUGGUGCGUGCCGCGAAUACGCGGUGAUCGUGCUGAAUCGUCCUAUACAUCAUUGGAAGCACCAUGUGCUGCUCCCUUUCUGGCAGAAAGCUCGAAUCACUGUCACUGUUGAUGGUGGAACACAUAGAUGGCUAAAGUAUCUGGAGAUGCAAGGGAUAGAUAUACUAAAUGAUAGACAUGAGCAAUAUAUACCAGAUCUUAUCACAGGGGAUUUGGACAGUUGUCUGCCAUCUAUAAUUGAGAAAUUGGAAAAGAUAGGAUCUACUAUCAUUAAGACACCCGACCAAUAUCAAACAGAUUUUACUAAGGCCUUGCUACAAGUUGCAUGCUAUAUCAAGAAGCAUAAUAUAAAUUUAGGUAAAAUAUACGUACUUGCAGAAACGUCAGGCAGAUUUGAUCACAUCAUUGGAAACAUCAACACCUUGUAUAAAAGUGACAACCUUGUGGGAAAUAUACAGGUGAUACAAGUUGCAAGCAAUUCUUUGACGUGGUUGCUAAAGCCUGGUUUGCACAAUAUACAUAUACCAGAAAUCUUAGUGCAACGGAAAUCAUGGUGUGGUCUGCUACCAAUUGGUUGUCCCGUCAAUUGCAUAUCAACGACUGGCUUGAAGUGGAAUUUAAGUAACACGACUAUGCAAUUCGGCGGUUUAGUAAGUACUUCAAAUACAUAUGAAGAUUCUGAAGUAAUUGUGAAUACCGAUACAUCGGUAAUUUGGACUAUGGGCAUAGAGUCUUUUAGAGAGAGUAUAAAUAACGAAACACCGUAAUGUCCUACUAUUAGGAUAGUAAUAAAUAAAACAAAUGACUGAUGAGACUCAUCAGACAGGUUUAAAUCAGACAUGCUAAAUAUUAGCUCUGUCUAAGGUAUAUAAGAUAUUUUUUAUUUAUAUUUUAAGU